AUGAAGAAGGGCGUAAGAGUCUUACUGUUACUGUUCACACUUGCAUGUGCAGUGGGAGUGGGCAUGGCAGUAUGCACAGCAAGGCACAGACUAGAAACAGAAGGCACAGAGAGCAGAGAGGAUACUCAGAGAGUACUUCAAAAUAGCCUGAAAUGUGCAGAGUGUAAGAGAGACAGCAUAAUAGGAGGCACAGAGAACAGAGGGCCACCAGGCAGUGUGUGA